AUGAAGGUUCUGUCCCCGCUGGCUGUCCUUGCUUCGAGUCUGCUGCUCGCCCCGUACAGCGUGUCGGCGGCGUGCUCAAGUUACUCCUCGCUCUAUGAGUCCAAUCUGGAGGGCGUUUGCGUCUGCAACGAAACCCAGUGCGACUCCAUUGUCAAUGACUACACCAAGCUGAAGGAGGGCCAGGUGGGAGUCUACACCACAUCCAAGGCCGGCGCGCGCCUGACUUACACGGUCGCGAACGUCGAUGACUCGCCCGUGGACGAAGCCACCUUCUCCAUUGACGUCACGACCAAGUACCAGACCAUGCUGGGCUUCGGCGGUGCCUUCACGGACGCGGCGGCCAUCAACCUGUAUAAACUUUCGUCCAAGCUGCAGGACAUCGCGCUGAACCAGUACUUCUCCAAGACUGGGCUCGAGUACAACAUGGCUCGUGUGCCCAUCGGCUCGACCGACUUCUCCACGAGGACCUACACGUACAACGAGAAGGUGGACGACUUUAAGAUGACCAACUUCACCAUUGCGUCCGACAAGGCGCCGUACUCGAACAAGAUCAACAUGAUCCAGCGCGCUCUCAACAUGACCGAGAUGAAGCUGUUCGCGUCCUCGUGGGCGCCGCCGCUGUGGAUGACAAACGGAGACUCGGUCAUCGACUGCACUAUGAAGGGCAAGCCCGGUGAGAAGUACUGGCAGGCGCUGGCGCUGUACUACUCCAAGUUCUUCGACGCCUACAAGGAGGAGGGCAUCAACUUCUGGGCCAUGACCGUCCAGAACGAACCCGAGAAGCCGCCGCUCGCUGUUUCUCAGUGGGAGACGCUGCGUCUGACGGCGGAGGAAGAGAGAGACUUCAUCAAGCUUGACCUCGGCCCGAUGAUGGCCAAGAACCACCCGGACCUCAAGAUCAUGGCCAACGACGACCAGAAGCCCGGUCUCUUGGAGCGCUCGGCGCCGUUCGACGACCCGGAGGCUAAGAAGUACAUCAGCGGCCUCGCCUUCCACUGGUACCAGAACAUCGACUUCAUCCUGCCGCUCUCCGGCAACUUCAAGAACCUCGAGAUGUUCUCGGAAAAGUAUCCCGACAUGUUCAUGCUCGGAACGGAAGCGUGCGAGGGCUUCCUGCCUGGUCUUAUCGGUACGGGUAAGGGCCCCGCUCUUGACGACCCCAAGAAGGCGUGGAAGCGCGCGCAGAACUACGCGCGCGACAUCAUUGAGAACAGCAACAACAACGCUGCCGGUUGGGUCGACUGGAACCUGUUCCUGGACACGGACGGCGGUCCGAACUGGGCCAAGAACAUGGUGGACGCGCCGAUCCUCGUGGACGAGCAGAACGGCGCCGAGUUCUACAAGCAGCCCAUGUACUACAUCAUGGGCCACUUCUCCAAGUUCGUGCCGCCCGGAUCGAAGCGCAUCGAGUUCCCCAAGACGGAGACGCUGAGCGACUUCCACCGCUGCGCGUUCGUGACGCCCCACAACCAGAUCGUCAUGCAGUUCCUGAACCGCGACAGCUCGGAGGUCACCAUCAGCGUGAAGCAGACGGACUCCAACACGUUCACGCUCACGCUGCCGGCGCACUCGAUGCAGACGGUGAUCCUGCCGGCCUCGGAGGACACCACAAUUCUCUAA